GAUUAGCCGUGUGGGAGAAGAGCGCGCUGCGGCUGCGUUUGGAAUAACCGACCAAACUCUUUCCUCUUUUGCGUAUUGUUUCAAUUACGAGAUGUCUAAACGGCAUCGAUUGGAUUUAGGCGAUGAUUAUUCGUCGAGUAAAAAGAGAUCUUCUGACGGAAAGGACCGUGAUAGAGAUCGGGAUGACCGGUCGAAGGAUCGCGAGCGUGACCGCGACAGAGACAGAGACCGUGAUCGGGACCGAGAGAGAGAUAGAGACAGCAAGGCCCCAAGUGUGGCCCUUAUCUCCAGUUUGCCCGGUGUUGGUGGGAUGAUUCCUAUGAAACAGACGGCUAUGCAACAGCAGAUCAACCCCUUCACCAACCUUCCUCACACACCACGAUACUACGAGAUUCUCAAAAAGAGGCUGCAGUUGCCUGUCUGGGAGUAUAAAGAACGCUUUAAUGAUAUCCUCACCCGUCAUCAGAGCUUCGUGCUGGUUGGAGAGACAGGCUCUGGAAAGACCACACAGAUCCCACAGUGGUGUGUAGACAUGGUGAAGUGUCUCCCAGGCCCUAAACGUGGUGUAGCCUGUACACAGCCACGUAGGGUGGCCGCCAUGAGCGUGGCACAGAGGGUGGCAGAUGAAAUGGACGUUAUGCUGGGGCAGGAAGUUGGAUACUCCAUCAGAUUUGAGGAUUGUAGCUCUGCAAAGACCAUACUAAAAUACAUGACAGACGGUAUGUUGCUCCGUGAGGCUAUGAACGAUCCUUUGCUGGAGCGUUAUGGUGUCAUCAUUCUUGACGAGGCUCACGAGCGCACACUAGCCACAGACAUUCUAAUGGGCGUCCUUAAAGAAGUGGUCCGUCAGAGGAAAGACCUUAAGGUCAUCGUAAUGAGCGCCACGCUGGAUGCUGGAAAGUUUCAGGUGUAUUUCGACAGCUGCCCCUUGCUGACCAUUCCUGGCCGGACGCAUCCUGUGGAGAUCUUUUACACGCCUGAGCCAGAGAGGGACUACCUGGAGGCAGCAAUUCGCACAGUCAUUCAGAUCCAUAUGUGUGAGGAAGAUGAGGGAGAUGUACUGCUUUUCCUCACCGGACAGGAGGAAAUUGACGAAGCCUGCAAGCGGAUCAAACGUGAGAUUGAUGAUCUGGGCCCUGAGGUUGGAGAUAUCAAAAUCAUCCCACUCUACUCCACGCUGCCACCACAGCAACAGCAGAGGAUCUUUGAGCCGCCUCCACCCCGCAAACCCAACGGAGCCAUUGGCAGGAAGGUUGUGGUUUCUACAAACAUAGCUGAGACGUCCCUGACCAUUGAUGGCGUGGUGUUUGUAAUUGAUCCUGGCUUUGCCAAGCAAAAGGUGUAUAACCCUCGCAUUCGAGUUGAGUCGCUUCUCGUAACAGCUAUUAGUAAGGCUUCAGCCCAGCAGAGAGCAGGCCGUGCUGGACGUACACGCCCAGGAAAGUGCUUCCGGCUCUACACCGAGAAGGCCUACAAGACUGAGAUGCAGGAUAACACAUACCCUGAGAUUCUUAGGUCCAAUUUGGGCUCUGUUGUGCUACAGCUCAAGAAGCUUGGUAUUGAUGACCUGGUGCACUUUGACUUCAUGGACCCACCUGCUCCUGAGACGCUAAUGCGAGCUCUGGAGCUAUUGAACUAUUUGGCUGCGCUGAAUGACGACGGUGACCUGACAGAGCUGGGCUCCAUGAUGGCGGAGUACCCUCUCGACCCCCAGCUCGCCAAGAUGGUUAUCGCUAGCUGUGAAUUCAACUGCUCAAAUGAGAUCCUCUCCAUUACCGCAAUGUUAUCAGUCCCACAGUGCUUUGUGCGCCCCACCGAAGCCAAGAAGGCUGCUGACGAGUCCAAAAUGAGGUUUGCCCACAUUGACGGGGACCACCUGACCUUGCUCAACGUCUACCAUGCCUUCAAACAAAACCAUGAGUCUGUGCAGUGGUGCUAUGAUAACUUCGUUAACUACCGCUCACUGAUGUCGGCUGAUAAUGUGCGGCAGCAGCUCUCUCGCAUCAUGGACCGCUUCAACCUGCCACGUCGCAGCACAGAGUUCACCAGCCGAGACUACUACAUCAACAUCCGUCGUGCCCUUGUCACAGGCUUCUUCAUGCAGGUUGCUCACCUGGAGCGCACCGGGCACUAUCUGACGGUGAAGGACAACCAGGUGGUCCAGUUGCACCCGUCUACUGUACUGGACCACAAGCCUGAGUGGGUUCUCUACAACGAGUUUGUGCUGACCACCAAGAACUAUAUCCGCACCUGCACUGAUAUAAAACCUGAAUGGUUGGUGAAAAUUGCUCCACAAUACUAUGAAAUGGGUAACUUCCCUCAGUGCGAGGCUAAGAGGCAAUUGGAGCGCAUCGUUGCUAAACUUCAAACGAAGGAAUACUCUCAAUACUGAAUCUAAUCAAUGGUUUAAGGACGAUACACGUUUUGAAUUCAGUAUACGCUGUGCAAUGCUUCUUUGAGCUCUGAAGUUGUACAUCGUCACGCAUCAUUCAACAUUAGAUUUCUGUCUGUUUUCUCUGUUUUGAUUUAUUGUUGAGAUAUAAUUAUUUUUUUGUAACUCUCUUGCUCUCAUCAGCUUCUGUGUUUCUGCUCCUGAAAAUAGCAUAUUGUUAAAUUGUCACACUUUUAAGGAUUGGUUGGGAGAAAAUGCUUAACGGGGAUACCACCAUCAAUUUGUUUUUUUUUUUGUUUUUUUGCAUGAGCAUUCAUUUGGAUGUUGACAUUCCUUAUUGACAUUGAUAAUUUACUGCUGUGUUAUUGAUUAGAGAAAUCUGUUUAUUCUGUAAAGGAGCUUUUACUUCAAUAAAAAAAAAAACACUAUUAGCCAUGGUUAAGCCUUACUGUUAAUGUGUACUGUUUUUGCUGAAAUUCUUUAUAAUUUCUUAUUAAAACUUUUUAGGGCCAUGUUCUUUUUUUCUAAUAUUGAAAUAAUAAAAGUAUCAAUUAAGAAAACAAAUGGUCAUGAGAGAAAAAUACAAACCAUACAAUUAUGCCGUAUUGCAGCACACAUCAUUUUCAGCAAUUGCUCAUGAGUAGGACAGAAAUUGCCCAAAUACACUCUCGGCUUCGUAGUUAGAGGAUUAAGCAAAUAUAACAAAACAAAGCAAACACUUGGCUCCUCAGUCUUCAAAAUGACUUUGUGCAAAAGUCACCCAAACCUUUGAUUAAAAUACAGAAAAUAGAAGGAAGAAUACAUGCAGUACACCAGAUCAUAUUGGACCAUUGAAAUAGAUCUGAUUGGUUAGAAAGGUAAAAUCGUCUUUAUUGAAUAGAUUGUCUUUCCCUCAGAAAUGGCUAGUUUGAUUUACAAGUUUUAACAUUGUGAUCUGCAUAACAACACCGCAUUCUGUUGUUGAGGUUGCUUGAUUAAUGCAGGUCUCUGAUAAGAGGGAGGAAAACAGGUGUGCUCUCUUGUUUUGCACAGACCACUGCUAAUGAUUUUCUUUUGUUUCUUAUUAUUUUAUUUGGUUUCAUUGCAUAUUAGGCUUUGCAAAAGGUUUGGAUAUGAUUCCCUAAGGUGAAUGACAAAAUGAUGCUUCCACCAGCUACUGUAUGGCUUGUAAAUUGUUGUUAUCUGUAUAUAACAUUUUAUAAUGUAAUUUAAUUUAGACCAUAAUGUUUAUUAAUGACACGUGUUUAUUAGAAGGACAUCGAAGGGGAGCUCUGCCUAGCAACGAUUUCUAAAUGUGCUUCGAUCUGUUUUAUAAUAAAUGGGCGAAGUACAAUAGUCAUCUUUGUUAGCUUUGAAACUUGGGCUGUCAUUUUUAUAUGUUAACUUCUGAGUAUAAUUGCAUGUUUAAUGUCAUUCAUUUUUAAUGCGUUUAUCCAAUGUGGCAUUGCGACCGUUUCGUUCUGUUCCAUCUGAUCUCAAAAGACUGUGUAAGAGUUGUAGGUAGUAUCUUUGUUAAAGCACCUCCAUUUGUGUCCAUGUUUGAUACUCUCGUGCAAAAAUAUGGUAUCCAGGAUGGAGAAAAACCUUUUA